AUGUCUCUCCGCGCCGCGAUCUUCAGCCUCGCCGUCAUGGCUGGUUCCGCCUUCGCCGCACCGGCCAAGCUCGCAACCCGCCAAAUCAUCGACCACGAUGCCGUGGCCUCCUUCUCCGAGGCUGUUCCGGACAGUGCCGUUGGCAAGCUCAUCACCAAAUACGCGCCGCACCUCCGUAUCGCAAAUGGCUGCGUUCCGUUCCCAGCUGUUGACUCGAUGGGCAACAUUGGUGAUGGCCUGAAGCCAACAGGCGACAUGGCCGGCGAUUGUUCAUCCAGCCAGGGCCAGGUUUAUGCACGUGCAGCUACCUACAAGGACAGGUUCGCCAUUAUGUACUCGUACUACAUGCCCAAGACGGAGCCAUCAGCCCUCCUGGGCCACAGGCACAACUGGAAUAACGCCAUCGUGUGGCUGUCGGACGAUAGCGACGCGGCGACGCUGCUGGGAACAUCCCUCUCGCAGAAGUCGUCCUACGACCAGAGCAAGACCCCGGCUCUCGAUGGGGAUGCGCCCCUCUUCUACUACAAGUCUAACUGGCCCACCGUCCACGAGCUGUACUACGACUCGCUGGAGGGCCAGCAGGAGAGUGUCCGUGUGGUGGACGUGCCGCUGGUCGCGUGGGACAGCCUGCCCACUGCGAGCCAGGAGGCUCUGACGACUGCUGACUUCGGGGACGAGGUAGUGCCAUUCAUUGACGCCCACUUCAACGACAAGCUCGGUGCUGCGUAUGAGGCAUAG